CUGGGUGAGGUACGGAAUCCCGGAAGGGCCAAGUCCGUAACUCCGCCUCUGGGGCGACUGAGGGCCAGGGGACCGGGACGGGAACGGGAACUAAGGGCCGGAGUUGCGGCUGUGUGGGCCUGGGAGUCAGUCGGCAGCGGAACGGCAUGGAGGCGCCGUGGGCGAGUAUCAACGCCGAACGGGGCUGGUACGUCUCUGCCCAGCGGCCUGAGGAGGAGGCGGCGGCGGCGGAGGAGGGCGAGUCGAGCCCGUUGCUAAGCAACGAACUCCCCAGACAGAGAUCCCCUGGAGCUUCGUUUGGCAUCUCUGUCUUCAAUGUGAUGAAUGCCAUCAUGGGCAGUGGCAUCCUUGGCUUAGCUUAUGUGAUGGCUAAUACUGGAAUCCUUGGAUUUAGUUUCUUGCUGCUGUUGGUCGCUUUCUUGGCGUCGUACUCUGUCCACCUCCUGCUUGCCCUGUGUACCCAGACAGCUGUAACAUCUUAUGAAGACCUUGGACUCUUUGCAUUUGGAUUACCUGGAAAGGUCGUGGUGGCAGGCAGUAUAAUCAUUCAGAAUAUUGGAGCCAUGUCCUCUUACCUUCUAGUUGUUAAAACAGAGCUUCCUGUUGCUAUUUCAGAAUUUUUGCCUGGAGACUACAGUGGGUCUUGGUAUCUUGAUGAGCAAACACUGCUGAUUAUCAUUUGUGUUGGCAUUGUGUUCCCUCUUGCACUUCUUCCCAAAAUAGGCUUUCUUGGCUACACAAGUAGUUUAUCAUUUUUCUUUAUGGUGUUCUUUGCUGUUGUGAUAGUCAUCAAAAAAUGGACCAUCCCUUGUCCUCUGACCUUAAACUACAUGGAGGAAUUCUCCCAGAUUUCAAAUGCUACAGAUGACUGUAAACCGAAGCUCUUUCAUUUCUCCAAAGAGAGUGUCUAUGCUAUACCAACGAUGGCUUUUUCAUUUCUCUGUCAUACAUCAAUAUUGCCCAUAUACUGUGAACUUCAGAGCCCCACAAAGAAAAGAAUGCAGAAUGUAACCAAUACAGCAAUUGCUUUAAGUUUUUUCAUUUACUUCACAUCUGCACUCUUUGGGUACCUCACUUUUUAUGACAGAGUGGAGUCGGAACUACUAGAAGGCUAUAGCAAAUACUUGCCACAUGAUACUGUUGUCAUGACUGUGAAGUUAUGCAUACUGUUUGCUGUGCUUCUGACGGUCCCUCUAAUCCACUUUCCUGCCAGAAAAGCUUUAAUGAUGAUACUGUUCUCUAAUUUUCCAUUUUCAUGGAUUCGCCAUUUUUUGAUCACAGUAGCACUCAAUGUCAUCAUCGUUUUACUUGCAAUAUAUGUUCCUGACAUUAGAAAUGUAUUUGGUGUCAUUGGUGCCAGUACAUCAACAUGCUUGAUUUUUGUAUUCCCAGGACUAUUUUAUCUUAAACUUAGCAGAGAAGAUUUUCUCUCGUGGAAAAAGCUUGGGGCUUUGGUUUUGCUCAUCUCUGGAAUUCUGGUUGGGAAUUUUAGUUUAGCCCUCAUCAUUUUUGAUUGGAUUAAAAAUGAAAGAAAUGAUUUUCUCUUUCUUAUGAAGAAUAAUCUACUUCUAUAAAUAAGAAGGAAUAAUUCUGGAAGGCACAUUGUAUGAAAAGUGUAUUUUUAUGAAAAUUACUAACCAGAAAAACAGGACAGAAUGAUAGCAUGUAGCCAAAAGUAGGAAUAUAGUAAUUUUAACCAAAAUAAGAAACACUCAGAAUGCCCUUAAAUGUUUUGGAUAUCUCUUUUGUUUGUUUUGGAUCUUUUUUAAAUAAACUCUUAAAUUUUUA